ACCGGAUUGCAGUAAACUGAAACUUGAAUUGGUUGAAACAAUCCAAAGAAGAAAAGAGAAGAAGAGUCACAGGCACAAAAGAUAGGAUAAGAUAUGCCUUGUCUUUACAUCUCCACCAACAUUAACUUAGAUGGAAUCAACAUCGAUCCAAUCUUUUCCCAAGCCAGCACUGCAGUUUCCAAAAUCAUCGGCAAACCAGAGAAGUUUGUGAUGGUGAUAUUGAAGGGGUCAGUGCCAAUAUCUUUUGAAGGAAACAAAGAAGCAGCUGCAUAUGCUGAGAUAGUUUCAAUGGGAGGCAUAAAUUCAGAAGUGAAGAAGAAACUGAUUUACGACAUUGGAACCAUAUUGCAGUCCAACCUAUCUAUACCAAGAACACGGUUUUUUCUGAAGGUGUUUGACACAACACUAUUUCGACCUAAAUCCAACUUGUAAUAUGCUUAAUCUUAUUCUCACAUUCUCACAUACACAAUACUCUUCUCCGUCAUUUCUCUGAGUUUUGCUACUAAUAUAUUUUCAUGUGUGUUGUUGAUUUACCACUCAAUAGGAUGAAUUUCUUAAUGUGGUUA